CGAUUCUUUUCGCUGUGUCGUGUUUGCUUGUGCAUUUUUAGGCGCAUUUUCGGCAAUUUAAAUAUUUUUUGGUACUGUUCUUUGUGCGCAAGUGACAACGGAUGACGUGCGUUCGAUUGAUUUUUCGAUUAGUGCGUGUGGUGUGGUGAAAAUAGAAGCACAACGCUGACCCAAUUUCGAAUAUCCAUAUUUUUUUACCCUUCGCGGGUGGGGCAGGUGUGAAGGGGGAAACGAGACAGAACAAAAAUAAAUCCGAGCACCGCCUGCUGCUAUUCUCCGCGAUAUGCGGUUAGAAAGUCAUUCGUUUUGACAGUUCCUAUAUUCACCACUUUACAUUCGCGUGUGUUUACGUUCCUUUGGUCGUGUUUUUGAGUUCUGAUUUGAAACUAUUGAAAUCGCGCUGCAAAUAGAUAAGCACAAGCUGUCAAUGAUAAGAAGUCGGAGACUAGCGUUUUGUCCAUUCAGUGUGCAAAUUGGUGAAUAAUUCAUAAACCCUGGACGCGAGACUUUGGUUUCGAAAGAUCUUGACCCCGAAGCGGUUUGUGUGCUCCUCUAUAAGUUCAUUUCAAGGAAGAAAGUGAAAUAGCAGUAACCGUGCCCGUUCAACUGCUCAAUAAAAGGUGGAAAAACUUACAACCGAGUCAUGUGCUGCCGCCGAGACGAAACGGAAAGUGCAAUCAUUUUUCCUCGCGGUAAUAGCAGUUAGACACGACACGGUAGAUUCGCGUGUGUGCUGCUAACUUCAGCAAAAAUAUUACAUAGCUCAGACAGACUGCAACAAGCUAUGACCUUCCGGAUGGUAUCGAUUUCCCGAUUACGACGAGUGUGCCAUGAGUUCUUCCACCACCAGGACUGGUACCCGCCCCCAGCAACGGUCACGGCCUCGUUCCACGAAGGCAGCCAAACGUAUCCAGAGGCGGAAUCCCUUUGUUGUGACCGUUCCGCCGACUGUAAUGACGGUGGUGCGGGUCGUUAAACGAAGACUUCUUGUGUUCUAUCAGCUGAUUGUACGGUUCCUGCUGGUUUUUUGGUUCCGAUGUCUGGGUGGGGGUAGGGUUUUCAAUAGAGUUACAAACGGUGUAGCUGGGUUGAUGGGACGUACGCAUAGAAGCUUUUCGGAGACGACACGGGAACCGAUGGUUGAAGCAGUGGAUGUGGAUGUUGCAGAUAUGGAGGAUGGCACCGGCUCGUCGUCGUCGUCAUCGGGCACGGGCAAGGAUCAACUGCCGACACCGAAGCGGGUCCUCUACCCGCGCGAAAACGUCCAGAUCGGUUGGAAGGCCACCGGUCGCAAGUGGAACACCGGCGCCGGAAUGGUCAACGUCGGCAACACGUGCUACCUGAACUCCACGCUGCAGGCCCUGUUUCACGUUCCGGCCAUUGCCAACUGGCUCAUCUCGGACAGUGCCCACCGUGAGCAGUGCAGCGAUAACAUCAAUGGUCAGGGAUGCAUCAUUUGUGCCAUGGCCAAAACGUUGCUGGCAUCGCAGAGCAAUCAAAGCGCGAUAAAACCUUUUUUGGUCUACUCGAAGCUGCGGUUGGUAUGUAAGCAUUUGGUUCCCGGUCGUCAGGAAGAUGCCCACGAGUUCCUGCGCUAUCUGGUGGAAGCAAUGGAAAAGUGUUACCUAGCUCGGAUCAAAAACAGCAAAGAGCUUGACCAGCACAGCAAGGAGACGACCCCACUGAAUCAAAUUUUGGGCGGCUACCUACGGUCAGAGGUCAAGUGUGGUUCUUGUGGGCAUGUUUCUACCACCUUCCAACACUUCGAAGAUGUGCUGCUGGAUAUCAGGAAAGUCAGUUCGAUCGACGAAGCGCUCAAAAUGUACUUUGCCAGAGAGCACCUGGAGGAAAUGCAGUACAAGUGCGAAGCUUGUAAGCGUAAGGUAGCUGCUACGAAGCAGUUUUCUCUGGAACGGGCACCCUUCGCACUCUGCAUUCAGCUGAAGAGGUUUUCGAUGAUGGGUGGCAAGAUAAACAAGGUUCUCGAGCUAAAAAAUCGAUUGGACUUGACGCCUUACUCGUCCAAAUCGGCUGCCUCGAGCGGCAAACUAACGUACAAGUUAGUUUCGAUGGUGACACACCUGGGCAAUACGCAGCACUGCGGACAUUACACGGCAAUCGGAGGUACCGAAAGUGGAACCUAUUACGUAUUUGAUGACAGUUCGGUUAGGCCUAUGUCGAUGCAGCAUGUCACCAGCACCAAUGCGUACAUACUAUUCUACGAAAUGGAAAGUGUUCAAAACGGGAUUAAACCAAGCGCCAGCAGCACUGCCACGUUGGCUUCGUUUGCCAACGCAACUGGGAGUUCGUCCACCGGGAAGGUCGGGAGUAGUGGCGAAGGUAGAAACAGCUCCAGUGGAGCCUCUUCGAACGCGUCGCCCCUUCGAGCUCAUGGGUCUGGCAGCAACUCUGGCCACAACCCUCUUUUCCCGAGCAAGCUGGAAAACAGGCCACACUUUAUUGGGCCAGUGUUGCCGCAGCAGACGGCGGAGAAAACCAAAAAGUUGGUUAACGGGUUGAUUCACCUAUACAACGAUAAGGAGGACGAAGGAGAGGUCGUGACAUCCACCUCCUCCAGAGUGUCCCCAAUCUCAUCGAGCACAUCGUCCCUAUCCAAUCCCUCGCCGGUCAAGCAAUGCGAUUUGAACAGUCCUUCCACCAGUGGCGGCAAGCUCGUACGGAACCUUCAAGCGUCAAGUGUGAAGAGCAAAUUCGGCACGACCAUCACCUCCAACGGCAUGGCAAACCCAAGCAGCAGCAGUCACAACGGUAGUUUUAAGCCUUCAUCAUCAUCAUCCACAGCUUCUGCUUCUUCUUCUAUUACUACAAUGCCAUCAAUGCCUAAACUUUGCAAUAGCCCUGCAGCUGCGAAGAACUACUCCGGUGAAGCCGGUGAGCCUUCCGCUCUAUCCUCGACCGUCAAGGGUGCUGGUUUCCCUGGACACUCGAAGAGCAGCAACAUCCCGAACGGCCACCAAAACGGCAGUAAAGCGGUUAGUCUAGUUCCUUACGAUGCCGAUGACGACGAGGAAGAUGACGGUGUUGAUAAUGAUGGUAGUGGGGAAGAGAAGAAGAACAGAAGUGCCGCCGGCGGUGGCAAGAGGCGAAACGGACGGUCCACAGCGGAUGACGAGGACGACGAUGAUGAUGAUAGUGAUGAGGACGUGGAACGGAUACGGUCGCACGUCCUGCUUGGUCCGGGCGUAUGCAACGGCAAGCAGCAACGUCCAUCGGAACCUUCCGAACAGGAAUAUUCGCCAAAGUCACCUCCCGUAAUCAAAACGAAAGCCGGUCUCUGGAAAGUGAGUGACAAUCGUCCGCAGCCCAGCAGUAGCAGUAGCAGUAACAGUGCAAACAGCAGCAACAACACUUCGCCCGCCACUUCCGGUAACUCCUCUCCUGCCAACUACAGUCACGUGAACGGAAACGGUGGAAGCGGUGGUCCACUGGCGUCUGGUUACCAGCCGAACAACCGUCAGUACAAUGGCUUCAAUGGUUACAACCACAAUGGUAAUGGUAACCAUAGCAACAAUCGGAACGGCAACGACGUCGUCAGUCAGCUGUAUCAGUUUUCACAUCGUGGCUACGGAGCUCCAGUCCGUAGCUGGAAUGGCCAGCAGACGAACAUGGACCGGGAGCUGGCGAACGAGCGACGGGAGGACAGGAAGCGUCAGUUGGAAGACGAUCACGACACCGAAAUGGAUCGAGGUCGGACGAAGAAGAUGAAGACACACUUCCAACAUGGUCGCGAUCAGCAGCGAAACGGAAUGCAGCAGCAACAGCAGAAUCCAUUCCAGAGCUAUCAGAACCACCAGAUGAUGAAUGGAGUCAGCAGCGGUGGAAUCAGCAACAACAACAACAACCGCAACAAGUGGAACAGCAACAACAAUAAUAAUAAUAAUAACAACAACAACAGCGGAUUCGGAGGCAAAUAUCAGUACCAGAAUCGGGGAGGAAACAACUACUACCACAAUGGGAACCAUCCCCGGAAUCACAACGGGUUUCGCAAUGGACGUCACGGACGCAAUGGAUUUUAUAAUAAGUCUCAUCACCAUCAUCAGCGUGACAAAUUUUAAUCUUGGUCGUAAUAGUGGCAAUGCACUUUCUUCCAAUCCUCCUCCCGUCUCUUCUUCUCAUCCUUCCAUUAUUUUCAUUAUUAUUUGUUGUAUAAAUAUGUAAAAUUAAGGAAGAGUAUACAAUUCCUUUUGAAAAUGCGAAUUAACGCAAUCGAAGCUGUAUGUGUUUAUGGAGGAUUUUGAAAAAUUGUCCCAACCCCGCGUUUUACCCAAGAAAUCCACCAGAUGAAGCAUUUUUAAGCGAGCGAACCCGUUUGUGUUAACCGAAAAGCCUGAGGUAAAUUUGUGUAAAUAGUUUACUAGAAAUCUUGUAGCUCUUUAUAAUUGCACUUUUAUUAGUGGUAGUAGUUAUCUUAAUUCAUAGGAUUUACAAAACAAAUAAAUAUGAAGAAGACAACAAAACAGUUGGAUCGAUAGCGUUGGCAAAAGGCGGAAAUGGUGUUGUAAAUAGUGCAGCAAAUGCAACUGCAGCGAAGCAGGUAUAAGAACAGUUUAUGAAAAUAUACCUCCUGAAUAGAAGUUCUCUAACCGACGAUGAAAGAGACAUGAAAUAAAAAAAAAAAAACAAAUACAUUUAUACAUGCAAUUA